GGCUGCAGUCUGCCACCGCACACUCCAGCUCAUGGGUGCCACACCCGAGACGUGGGUGGGUCACCUCUCCACGUGCCUGCAUGGCGGUCCUUUCGAGGCCUGGGAGGAUUUCUAUGCCUACUCCCUUCGUGAGGAUCGGACUCCGACCUUCGUGGAUUUCCAGGUGUUCCUCGAGGAUCGCUUCGGAGCCCGAUACGACGUGACUGACGCCUUCGUGCGUGUCGUCACUACACGCUGGUCCGACUUUGGUGGCGCUGCUGGCCUGGAUCGCCACAUCCAGGUCUUUCAGGACGCCCGCCUCGUUUGCGACGUGGCGUUCCUCCCCGAGGCUGCCCUUAUCGAUCGUUUCUUGGUCAGCCUUCCGCUCGAGUACCGCUCCGAGCUAUGGCGGUACGAGUUCACAUCGGCCCCACAGGCUUACGAGGCCGCCAGGGACCAUCAGCGGAUGCGAACCCGUCUUCACCCCGCCUCCUCCUCCCAACCCCAGCGCACGGGCUACGCCUCCUCCUCCUCUCACGGCACUUCCCAGCGCCGUUCCCUGUUCCGCGGUCGCCCCCGCCGUUCCACGCAGCAGGGCCGCCACUUCUCGCGCCGCUUCAACGCGCUGGAGUAUGCCACGGUGCAGUGUACACCUGCGCCCUCCUCAGUAGUGGGCUUCCCGACAUCUCUGUCGCGGUUCGCCCCUCUCGCUACUGGAGUUGAGGUAUCGCAGGACUCGACAGAGUGUUCUCAGCCCUCUGUCGCAGUACCGUCUGCGCCUCCGCAGACCACCGUCUCCCCUCCUUCCCCGCCGCGACUACCGACGCGUCGAGCCAUUCGCUCAGCCCGUUGCAGCGAGCAGCUUGCUACUCGCAAGGACGUUGUGUCCUCUCUUCUGGACUUGAGCAUGCUCCAGGCUCGUCAGGAGCGACUCACCCUGCAUGUCGAUGCACUGCGUCGCCUUCUCGCCAUCCUCUCUGACCCUGAUCGCACCCUCCCGAUCAUCCCCGUACGACUUGGGACCUCCACGAGGGUGUACUCAGCGUUGUGGGAUUCCGGUUCUCAGGGCGACUUCAUUCACCCACGUGUGGUGAAGGAAGCCCGCUUACCCAUGACAGGGUCUCCGACUCCCAUCUCCGUUACUCUAGGGGAUGACAAGACUCAGCGCUUCUUCGAUCAGACGGUCACCGACCUCCCCUUCUUCCUCACUCUCGAGCCAAUUGAUCGUUCCCCGACGUCUCGUCGCCACCGCUCCUCUGCACAUUUCAAUGUGAUGGAGACGGGGUACGACUUCAUUCUCGGCACUCCGUGGUCUCGUCGGUUCCGCAGCACCGAGGCCGAUUGGGCGACCAACACUCUCGUUCUCAAAACGAAGUGUGGAGAGACGUAUCGCGUACCUUUCAUAGGUACCACGGCGACACCACGCCCCGAUCCUCCUCCCCCGGAGCCUUCAGUGCCCACACCAUCUCCCUCUAUCACUGUCACCUCGCCUCGGYAGUUCRCUCACUUCAUUCRACAGGACGACGUCRCCUUCUUUAUGGUGGACGUGACGGAUCUCUUACACUAUGAUCCACCCUGUCCCGACGCCGAGCUCAUCCCUCUGGAGCCAUAUCCUCCCUCUAUCUCCAUGGCUCCCAUCUCUACUGACGAGCCCUCUAUUGACUAUUCUUCUACCAUCGCCGAGGACGGCACUAUCGAGUCUCGCUUAGGUGAUUGUCCGAUAGCCUUCUACUCCCGUCAGCUCCUGCCCACCGAGAUAAACUACACUGCUGAUGAACGUGAGCUACGUGUCCGAGCAGUAGCAGAGUUCCAUGACCAGGCAGCCGCCGGUCAUAUGGGCUUCCACAAGACGUUGGCUCGUGUGAGCCGCCUGUACGUCUGGCCGAAGCGCAAGGACUUUGUGAAGGACUACGUCGCAGAGUAUCCCACCUGUCAGGAGAUGAACAGUGCGAACCACCUACCUUAUGGUUUGCUCCAGCCUCUUCCUAUCCCUGAGGGUCGUUGGCAGUCCAUCUCGAUGGACUGUAUCGGUCCUCUUCGACCUCCGACCCCCCACGGUCAUGAUGCUAUUCUGGUCGUUGUCGACCGCUUCACAAAGCGUGCACGCUUUGUUCCGUGCCGCUAUGCCAUCAGUGCACGUGAGGUCGCCGGCAUCGUAUUUGACCGAGUUGUGCGUGACCACGGCUUACCUCUGAGCAUCAUAUCUGACCGUGAUCCGCGCUUUACCAGCCAAUUCUGGCGACGGCUCCGCGAGGUGUACGGCACUCAGCUCCGCUUCUCGUCGUCUUACCAUCCUCAGACUGAUGGUCAGACCGAGAUCACGAACAGGACUUUCGGAGAUACUCUCCGAAUGAUUGUUCGUGACGACCAGCAGUGGGACCUCCAUCUUGCCCACGCGGAGAUAGCCUACAACCACGCCGUCUCGCCAGCCACGGGGAUGUCAUCUUACUAUUGCGACCUCGGCUAUCACCCUCGUGUUCCCGCAGACUUUCUUCGACCGUCACAGAUGCACACCGACACGAGUUGUCCCCCGCUGGAUGAUUGGGUUGCACACAUGACGUCGAUCAUGAAGACCGCACAUGAGCACAUAGCCGCUUCCCAGACUCGCAUGGCAGCACGUGCGAACCGAUCGAGGAUGGACCAUCCAGUCAAAGUCGGUGAAGAUGUGCUUAUUGACACCCGCCACUUACAGAUCGAAGCGGACACGCUUCGCAAGUUUCGGCGUCGCUUCUUUGGCCCAUGCCGCAUCCUCCAGGCCGUCGGUUCUGAUACGACAUCUAGCCCGGUCAACUUUCGUGUGAAGUUGCCCAACUACCUACGCCAGGCUCGUGUGCAUCAUGUCUACCACGUCUCGUUACUACGUCCUUACCGCAGACCGUCUGAGCGUUUCACUGGACGACCAUACGAGCGCCCUCCACCCCUCAUGGUGGACGACCACGAGGAGUUCCUCGUUUCAGACAUCAUUGGUCGCCGAGUCACCGACGACAACCCUCCCCACGUCGAGUAUCUCGUACGUUGGAAGGGUUACCCUGAUGAGGAGGCUACCUGGGAGCCCCUCGAGCACUUGCAGCACGCUCGCAUGUUGCGGAGCACCACACCUGGUGGGUCCGCUACACAACCUCCCGUACUUUGAUGAUCAAGAUAAUAACCCUGACACGUAUUUCUCUCACAAUGUUGUUGAUGAUGGCGAUAACAUUUGUGCUGCUAAUGAAAAGCAUGAUGAGCC